CCAGGAGACGGCGGACGCUGCGAUGGCGGCGCGGUUCAGCGCGGGUCAGUACGAGGACGCCUUCACCCCCCAUCGCCUGCAGAACUGGAGCGUUGCCCGGCGCUGCCGGCAGCGCCCCUCCCCCCGGGACGGCUCCACUCAACCUGUAGCCAACGAUCGCGGCCAUUUGCUGCCCUCGGUUCCUCGCUCCCAGGCCUCCCCAUGGGGGACGUUUUUGGGGACGUGGGAGAUGCCGGCCCGGAUUCCCCCCCCGCAGCUGAACCUCACGGCCCGUUCGGCCGCCGCCGCCGCGCAGCUCCGCGCCUGGAUGCAGAAAUGCCCAGCGCCCUGGGGGGGCUGCGGUGGCCUCAGCGCCCACACGGCUGGGAAGCCCCAGCAGAGCCGCGGGGCUCCUGGUGCCGCCCUGGAGCCGAGGAGCGGCGCUGAGGACGGGCGCGGAGCGCAGCCUUCGCCCACGGCGGCAGCAGGGGAGCAACGGGGCGGCAGCAGCGAGGGGCAGAACGCAGCGCUGGGGGCGGCGCGGGGCAGAAACGGGGCCGAAGCGAAGCCUGAAGGCGAUUCCCCCCCCUCCCCAGAUCUGCAGGAGCAGCGCGGAGCCGGCAGGGCGCAGCCAAAGCCCGGCCCGGCCAGCAGAGCGGCUCCUUAAGGCUCGGCGAAUAAAAAGGAG